AUGGUCUGUGGUAAUACAAUGAUCAAGAAAGAAUGCCUUAUUCUGAAACUCUGUUUGUUAUGCAUAACAAUCCGCUUAACAUUCAGUGAAACUUUGUUAUCUUCUGAUUUCCUGAGGAUUGACGAGACAAUAACCUGUCUUUCAAACUCUUGUGAAGAUAUUCAAAUCAUGGAAUUCGGCUUUUGUGGAGCACAAGCAAGUCUCACCUAUGAACAUUUGGAUCAAGGAACUUUAACAGUUAAAUUUGAAAGAAUUUAUGAGGUAGUUGAAAAACUUCUGAACAGACGCAAUAAAACAGAGUACUUUGCAUUCGUUUCCUUAUUGGUUACAGAAGAGAACUCUAUACAAUGGUUAACAUUAUUUCGAGAUGUAGAAUAUUUAGUUGAAGGCAGAAGAAUGGUCGGUGAACACACGGUUCUUGCUUUAGGACACGAAAGAUUAGCGAAGAAAGCAACUCAUAAAAUAACUCAGUGGAAUUAUUACCUUUUAUACGUUGAUGACUACACACAAUUACCUCUGGAUUGUGACGAUCCACCAACAAAAAUUACCAUAAAGUCGAUAAAGCCACCACAUUGGAUUAUACUUGGCAGAGUAUAUUAUACAGUAACAGAACCAAAUUGGAGACAAUAUGAAAGCCUUCAUAAAAAUUAA